AUGAACGUACGUGCACUACAUUUUCUAUCAGCGGUGAGAGAGAAAACUGAUGGUGUGACAGUUGAACACUGUCUCACCCAUAUCGGACAUGAAGUCCGCCCAUCUCAGCUGGGACUUGAUAACAAUGCUGAGCAGUUUAGAGUCUCGCUGCUACGGGAUGGUCUGACCGUCCGACAGGUUUACGGAAAAAAUAUCGACAAAAAAGUGCUUAGAAACAUCGCCUCGAAGUGCCGAGUAGACCCUGGAAGACUCCAUCAUUUGGACACGGGUUCAGUUCAGAGGCGAGUUGAUGCCAACUUGCAAUCUGAUGGCAUCCAGUUCUACAGGCCAGCACGAGACGCCAGCGGAGAUGGAUUCGUGCUGGCCACUGUAAUUGUCGCGGAUGAAUGGGAUAGAGCUCUUCCAGCUGCGUACCUCCUCUCCUAUAGGAUGAUUGAUAUAGAAGUUGGGAUGAUGUUUGAGCAUGUGAAGAAGUUGCUCCCCUCAUUUCACACCGAUUACUUCAUAACGGACGAUACCAACACAUUUUGGAAUGGUUCCAGUAAAGUGUUUCCAUCGUCGUGGACUAAACGGCUGUUAUGCCUAUGGCACGUACAGCUAGCCAUGAAGAGGAAUGCUAAUGCGAAACUGGUUAACGUAAGUAGCCUUCGUCUGACUCCAAUUGCUUGUAGCUGGAAUGGCGUGGAACUAGAAUACUGCUCUUUGAGCGCGACAUCAGCGAGCCAUUUCUCAGGGAAAAUGCGAGACAUCUGUCUUGUUCGCGAAAGAAGUGUCUUCGUAACACAAUACACAUCAAUGUUGAAGUAUCUUCGUGAAAAUGGUGAAAGCACGCUCGCGUCAUACAUGGAAAACACAUGGAGCAAUAGAGUGGACCAAUGGGCAGCCUUCGGGCGGCUAGAAUCUUGUGUUAGUACUUCUAUGCUCUGUGAGCGUUUCCAUAAAAAAUUCAAGCAUGGGAUGUUGGAAGGAAAAGCAAACGUGAGGAUAGACAGACUCCUCCAACUACUCAUUGCCCUUACUACCGAGUUAGAAGAGGACCGGGAGAUUAUGGAGAGAGAAGUGGAGGAAGGAAGGUACAGGCUCCAGCAACAUCACAAGGUGCACAUGUCGGCUGUCAACAAAUAUUGCCGGCAGCAGCAACUUGUCACUGUUGUUGGUCCUGGAACCUGGGAAGUGAAAGAGAACCGAAACUCAUAUCGCGUGGAAGAAUCCUAUUGUCCAUGCGACAAGGAAUUCAACAAUCAUUGCCGAAGAGAAGGGUGUGGUGCAUGCCCUUAUGCGUUUGCUUGCACCUGUCCUUUGGAUGUGAAAAGUGGAAUAAGCUGUGUGCAUGUUCAUGCAGCUCUGUUGUACGCAGCAGCAGGACGCCGCUCGCAGCAAGAUUGUGGGUUUUCAAUGUCUUCGAUGGUAGAUGAAGAGGCUGAGAGUGUGCAAGAUGCACUCUAG